GUGGUUCCUGGGUCAGCUGCAGGGGCUGCCGAUGCACCCAAGCCAGCUCCAGCAAAGGGAGUCAUCGCGGACGCCCUCGCAGCCGGCUAUCGAUGCUUCGAUUGUGCACAGUUCUAUGAGAAUGAGGAUGCCAUUGGAGAAGCAUUCCAGGUCGCUGGCGUUCCCAGGGAAGAGCUUUACAUCAUCUCCAAGGUGUGGACCAACAACAUCCACGAUGGCCCAAAGGCUGUCCGGCAGCAGUGCCUCAAGUCCAUCAAGGACCUGGGUUGCGGUUUCCUAGACCUCUACAUGAUCCACUGGCCGGUCCCUGGCAAACACGUGGAAGCUUACCAGGAGCUGGUGGCUUUGCAAGCGGAGGGCCUGAUCAAGUCCAUCGGCGUUUCAAAUUACACCGUGGAGGACCUGUCAGAGCUUCAGGCUGCAAAACUUCCUCUCCCAGCAGUCAAUCAGAUCGAGAUUAACCCGUUUUUGUACCGGAAGAAGACCAUCGCGCAUUUCAAGGGACUCGGCAUACAACUGCAGGCCUAUCGAGCACUCUGCAACUUUGGCAAGGCGGCCUCGCUCGAGAACGAGGUCGUGGGUGCUUUGGCAGCUAAGCAUGGCCGUUCUGCAUCGCAGAUUCUUGGAAAGUGGUGUAUUCAGAAAGGCUUCCAGCACAUACCAAAGAGCGAGAAGCUGUCCAGGAUGGAAGAAAAUGCGCGCCUCUUCGACUUCGAGCUGGACACAGAGGAUAUGGACAAAUUAGAGAACCUGACAACUCCAGCAGCGCUGGAAACCUUCAAGUCCUCCUACCUGAAAGGCAUCGUGCGUGACACGCCCUUGCAGGCCGGCGCAGAGGCCAUCAAAAAAGACGUGGUUAUUGCCGGCUGGCUUAGAUGCCACCGAUUCACGAUUUGCCAAGCGCGUGCAUUGGGGCUGGACUUCAAGAUGGCGACGGAGAAGGAAAUGGACUUGUCCGGGGAAAAGCUGUCCGUCAGCGACUUCAGUCUCGGGAAAACGCUGGGAACUGGAGCUUUUGGACGGGUCAGGUUUGUGACGCACAAAAGCAGUGGAAGACAUUAUGCCUUGAAGACGCUGAAAAAGGCCGCUAUCAUCAAGAUGAAGCAGGUGGAUCAUAUCAUGAGCGAGAAGCAGAUCCUCGCCAAGCUGCAGCAUCCGUUCAUUGUGAACAUGUUUGGCUCCUUCCAUGAUCCUCGCUACAUUUACAUGGUCCUGGAGUAUAUCGUUGGAGGUGAGUUCUUCACGCAUCUUCGGAAGGCUGGACGGUUCGACAACGAGCAGUCACUUUUCUACGCAGCGCAGAUCACCUGCAUCUUCGAGUAUUGCCACGAGCUGAACAUCGUUUAUCGUGAUCUGAAGCCGGAGAACAUCUUGAUCAACGCGGACGGCUAUGUGAAGCUCACAGACUUCGGCUUCGCCAAAGUCAUCGAGCACCGCACAUACACACUCUGCGGAACGCCGGAGUACAUUGCGCCAGAAGUGCUGCUCAACAAGGGGCAUGGCAAGCCCGUUGACUGGUGGACGCUAGGCAUCCUUAUCUACGAGAUGAUUGUCGGCUAUCCUCCGUUCGUCGAUGAGGACCCGAUGGGCAUCUACCAGAAGAUCCUGGCUGGCAAGAUCACCUUUCCGAAGAUUUUCCACAAGGAGGCAAAGAGCUUGGUGAAGAAGCUGCUCACACCCGACCUGGGCAAGCGCUUCGGCAACCUGAAGAACGGCGCAGCAGACAUCAAAGAGCACAAGUGGUUCAAGGACCUUAGCUGGGAUGACCUGCUUGCGAAGAAGAUUGAGGCUCCCUUCAAGCCAGCAGUGAAGGGAGCAACGGACACAAGCAACUUCGAUGACUAUCCCGAUUCGGACCAAGAGCCUCCUGCAGUCAAUGCGUCUCAAGAUCCGUUCACCAACUGGUGA